AAUGACCAAUCAAGGCAGGCUUUUACCACGUGAUCAGCUGUGUCCAAUGACACAGCGAUCACCGGGUAAAUACAGUUGCCGCUUAUCGACUGCACUUUCCUCACGCUGUCACAACGUGAGGAAAGUACUGCCAAGAACCAGGCAUUUCAGUGCCGCCCACCCGUGUCACCCACAUGUGCCACUCAGUGCCACCUCAUCAGUGCCGCCUAUCUGUGCCACCUCAUCAGUGCCGCCUAUCUGUGCCACCUCAUCAGUGCCGCCUAUCUGUGCCCAUCAGUGCUGUCUAUCCAUGCAGCCUUAUCAACGCACAUCAGUGAAGGAGAAAAAUUACCUGUUUGCAAACUUUUAUAUUAGAUACAAAGAAAAACUUUUUUUUUUUCAACUUAUUUGCUCUUUUUUGUUUAUA